AUGCUGCGCAUCGCUGGACAGCGCAGCGGGCGCGAUGUCAAACCCAAGACGGUGCUGGUGACCACUCGCGAGGGCAUCAAGGGCCGGGUCAUCGAGGAGGAACUGGGCAUUGUGUGCGCAACCGCGACCAAGACCCGCUCGUUUGUGGUCGAUCUGGCUGCCAAGUUCCGCGGCCUCUUUGGUGGUGAGAUCAAGGGCUACUCGUGGCUGAUCAACGACGCCACCCAGGAGGCCAUGCUCCGCCUCCGCAUUGCUGCCGUCGACAUGUCCGCCACUUCGGUUCGCAAUGUUCGCAUUGAGGUGGCCACCACCGCUGAUCGGCCCUUUGGCCUCUACGCCUCGGUCUCGGUCUACGGCACUGCCGUCCGAUGCGAGUCGGCCGACCGAUCGCCUACCUCGCGGAUCCUCGCCCAGGGCGAGCGCAACAUCGUCCACCUUGACAAGGGUAGCGAGCCCGACUUUGCCGUCUCUUCAUCCUGA